AGUGCAAACCUAAUAUCUUGUUGACUGGUAUAACUCGGCCAUUUUCCAGAAAUUUUAAAAUAAUUUUAUAAGACAUUUUUGUCUGGUUAUCGCAUUAUUUACGAAUUUUGAUUUUGAAAAUACAAUAUCUCCUGUGUUCCAGAUUCAAACUCAGAAUGUGUGGGCUACAAGUGGACAACCAACUGCCAUUAACUCCAAUGCCAGUUCUAUUCAGACCUCAGAGAGUUGUGUCAGAAAUUUUCCAUUACAAUGCAGUCAAAUGGAUCAUUAGAUCUUUGUGUCUAUCCAUAUAUUGGACUUCAUGUGAGAUAUGUUAAUUCUAAACUUGUUUAUGAAUAGUAAAGAUUUUGACUUUUUAUGACGUGUUAUGGUAAGCAGGGGCCGGAAAGUUCGGCUUCCUUUUUGAUAAACAUCCAUGAACCUAUUAUUUGGCGCCUUCAUGAAAUGAUCCAGCAGGUGAAGAUCAGUAGACUCUGAAUCUCAAACAACUGCUGCAUCAGUUGAUCCAAUCAUUCAAAUUGGUGUCCAGGGGAGUGCUUGGAUUUUGGGCAUCCUUAAUGACUGCAUUAGGCAACAUGGAAAAUAUGCCGGAUAAACCAGAGGUUCAACGAAAACAUAAAUAUGAGGUAAACUUCUAUGAUUAGCAUGGCUAUCUCAAAUAUCCGGAAAGAUCUUCUAGGCCAACCGCUUCAGCUACUCUCAGGGGUUGAUAUAUUUAGUAAUGCAAGUAGUUCACUUGGACAUAUGAGCAAAGGUGUAGCUGCAUUGUCUAUGGAUAUGGAUAAGAAGUUCAUUCAAAGUCGACAGCGACAGGUUUUGUCUAGGCAUUAGGGUUCUUUCGCGGAACACUCUGUUACGAAGGCAUGGUUUCUAUUUGUUUCUACUAUUUUUCCGUCCAACUUCUUCCACGGUUUAAUAACAUUCUCUGAUACAUAUUUUUAUCUACAUUAGGCAAGGCAAUAUUUGGUGAGACAGUGGCAUUCUUUCAUACAUAAAUUAACUAAUCCAGGCUUUUUUGGGUCUGUGUACAGGGUUUAGGGAGAUCAUGGCGACACUUUCUAGGAUUGGCUUAUUCAAUAAUGAAGCUCAUCCGAUUCUAACGAAUGAAGAGAGACCAACCUUUAAAAAAAUCAUGUUUGACCUUCUGAAAAUUGUUCAUGAAGAUCCUAGAAAGGAUAUCAACACUAGGACAUUGCAAAGUUCAAAGAUCUGCGAUGAUGACAGCAAAAACAAUCAUAUUUUUGGGACUAGUUGAUCAAACAGAAAUCCCUGCUUCCUGCAAAAAUGCUUUUGUUGUUGCAUGUUUCCGCAUGGAGGAGAGAUUAUCCUACUCCAACACAAAAGGGUAUAUUACUUUGAUGAAUCCAUAUGGAAUUAGGAUGUGAUCUAACUAAAAUCUCUCUUGAUUUCAUACUUACUUUCAGUGCAUAGCUAACAAAGGCAUAUGAGACAGUUAAUGUUGUUUUUGAAGUUUCAAAAGCUGUUAAUAUGACACAAUCUAUGAAAGUUGUUUGUGAGAUAGAAGGUGGUAGAGAUCCUAGUAUGUGGGAUGGGAUGCCUUUACACACACUAAAGUUGGUUCUUCAUCUUUGAAAAAAACCAGUAAAAUCAUCACAGACAACAAGUUCGUUGAAGACAGGGAAAUACACAGUACAUAAUGGUACAUUUAUUAAUCGUGCAAGAUGUUCACUAAGAGCUUUGUUUAGGCGGAAUGUGGAAUCUAUCAAACCACGUCAUAUUGCAUUCCAAGAUUGGUGUCUACAAUGGAAAUGGCGGAAUUGCAUUGAAGUUUUUUGCAUUGGAUUGGCUAGAAGUUUGUCCUAUAAGGGAAGAUAAAGUCAUUAAGCACAAUAACCUUUUUCACCACAUUCUGGUUAUAUUUUAUCUUAAACUUUCUGUUGCUAUUUGGUCUUUCUACUCCAAAAUAUAUUUGUUCCUAAUAUGAACAACUAAUCUGCAUUUUGACUACAUUUUAGGCCGAAAGAGAUAAAGAAACUGGCCUUUAAGUUCGUUUAGGAGUCCAAAAGAGCAAGAAGCAUAAUGGAGAACUAGAAUCUGCUAUCCUUUCCUAAAUGGGUAUCCCUCACAAAUUGUGAAAUCACAAGACCGACCUGAUCACAAGAAACCAUCAUUUGGCUAAUCUUACUAAAUAUCGGGACCAACCACACCGACCUUUCUGCUCCUCAAAGCUUUCAAUUGUAAGUUAGAUUUGACCAGCUGAUAAUUGCCGCCGAACUUGAACUCUAGCAGAAGAAGAAGAAGACUCAGAAAGCUGCAAACAAUGAUAAUGGGAAGGCGCCUCCUUCAUCCUGGAGAAAUCAUGAUGAUUUUAAUGAGUAUUUCUGCUCCAGCGGGAGGUAUUUCAUAAUAAGUCCGCCAGCAUGUCACCCCAAAAACUCAACUUUUUCUCAUUUCUUUGGCUGGAGUCCGCACAUCAAAUGAACGGAAAGGAAGCAUCUCAGAUUAAGAACAUUUUGGCAUCUGUGUUGCUGAUCAUCAUGGGCACUGGCUUAGCUGAGGGCUAGAUAUAAACAACUGCUCUUCUAAUCAGCUUGAUCCAAUGCAAGAAAAUGGCUAUUACCAACAAAUCACAUGUGGUUGUUCUCAACAAGAAAAUCAGCCUCUUCCUUCUUUGCUGCCUAUGAUGCCUUAUGUGAGGGAGGUACUGCAACUUCUGUAUGCAGGGCUCUUGAUGAAAUUGCGGACGUAUCUGUACCAGUCUAGUGGAGCUUUCAUUGCUGUAUAUAGGUAUGCAAGUGCAACACCAUUACUGCCUUCUAUUCUUAGUCAGGGUAUUGGUUGGCAGGGAGUCGGCAUUCUGUUAUCAGAAUUGUUUGGAACAAUUAGUGGAUCGUCCGUGUCUGUAGAAAAUGCAGGUCUAUUGGCUUUGACAUGUGUUGGCAGUCGAAGAGUUGUGCCGAUAUCUGCUGGAUUCAUGAUUUUCUCUUCAAUUUUAGGAAAAUUUGGAACAGUUUUCGCAUUUAUCCCACCUGCAAUUGUUGCUGCCCUGUACUGCUUAUUCUUUGCUUAUGUUGGUGCUGGAGGCAUUAGUUUUCUUCAGUUCUGCAACCUUAACAGUUUUAGAACAAAGUUCAUAUUAGGCUUCUCUAUAUUCUUGCUGCCUCUUAUUUGCACACUCAGACAAGGAGCAUACUUCCUUUCCACAUUAGGCUUCUCUAUAUAUAAUUUCGUUUUAACUUUCAAUUAGAGCUUUUUAUAAGGUUGUUUAAAAUUUGAUACUUAUUUUGGUAAGUGUUUAAUUUUUAUGUCACUGAGAUUAUAUUUGUAAUCAAAGUUUUGGUUGUGAUAUAUUUUUUUUACACAUAUUUAACCAUGUGCGGGGGUUUGAAACCUCCGCAAACCCAACCGCCGCAGUUUGAACAGGAUACCAACGCUCAUCCAAAUCCCCCGCAUAUUUACUAUUGGAUUCUAAUAAGCGGCAGUUUUCAAAACUCCCGCAAAACCAUCCGCGGAGGUUGUAAAUAGCGUGUAUUUUUUUGUAGAUAUAGGGCUGUAAUACUCUGACUUUGAACAUAAUUUAUAAACUAGAGUGGGUAUCUUUGAAUAGUACUUGCUAUUUUCGAGUUUUGAGAAUUGGUGUUAUUUCUUUCCACUUAGAACAGAUAAGAUUAUAUAUCUCUUUUUUUUU